GAGAUUAGAGUUUCUACUAAAAACGGAAAGUAACAUAAUAUGUUUUUGAUAAUAAUGACAACUAUGACUACAAUAUUUACUCAAAUGACGCCGGUUCCAUCCAAAUUAUGAGGGAUGACUAGUUUUUUUUCCUUUCCUAAUCUACCUUAUACCACAGUUCUGUCUAACAUUUCUUUCUGAAAACAUCUAAAACCGUCUUCUUUAUUUUAUUUUUUUUUAAAUUUCUAUUUAUUAUUAUCACAAAAAAUUUUAAUCCAGUGAAUAAAAAAUUUAAAUUUGUAAUAUUAUUCAAAGCGACGAAAUUGUGACAAAACUAAAGAAGAAGUGUGAUAAGUAUACAAAGAAAAUGAAUAUGCAAGCGAAAUAUGAGAUUUUCUUAUAGAAAAAAUAUACUCAUUGCUUCAUGUUGGGAAUUACCGAAAAAUAAAAGUGUUUGGAAGAAAAAAAAAAGUUCUCCUUAGUAAUACAAGAUGCAAAUAAUUAAAUUGACUGUUCGUAAAGUGUGCCAUUUGCAACGUUUUCACAUAUUUUUUCUAAUUCUAAUUUUUUUAUCUCUCAUUGGUUUUCAAUAUUGGAUAACAUUUAAUAAAAACAACAUUUAUGAUGACUUUGUUAUUAGCGAUGAAUAUUUAAUUUGGAAUUCAAAAUGUCGAAUGCUCUCGAAAAAUCCAUUUGAUUCGUCUAUAACAAAAUUUAUCAAUAAAGAAAAAUAUGAAAAUUGUUCAAAUCUACCGCUGCUAACAGCAAUAAUUGAAGACGAGAAUGGACAAAAUAUUUUAAUUUUAAAGAGAAACGAAAGAGAAAUUUUCAAAAAUAUCAACUGCUGUUGGUCUCGAGUUGAAAGACCAAUUCCUCACGAACCAAAACCACAAAAAAAUAUUGAUUCAUCCGUUACAGUAAAAAAUUGCACUGCCUUUAACAAUUCCGCUAUUCUACCAAAAGACACAGAAAUAAUUUUAGUGACCUGCCAAAAUGAUGACAACAAGAGAGAUUUAAAGAAUAGAGAAAAUACACCAAUUUAUCAAAAUGUGCACUCAAUUAUAAAUGUUGAAAAGGUUUCGAAUCGUUCUAAACUAAAAAAUAAUGGAAACGCAACAGAUCGAGCGAGAAAAUUAAGUGUACUCCUGAUAGGUCUAGACAAUGUGUCGAGAUUAAAUUUUUAUAGAAAUCUUCCAAAGACAGUGGGCUAUCUUGAUGAAAAAGGUUGGCUGUUAAUGAAGGGCUACAAUAAAAUGGGUGAAAAUACAUUUCCAAAUUUAAUGGCACUUUUAACUGGUCAAGGGGAGAAGGAGGCUGCGGAAAAUUGUAAACCAACUGUUCCAUUUGGUCUCGAUAAUUGUCCAAUGAUGUGGUACAAUUUUAGAAAUGCUGGAUAUGUCACUGCUUACGCUGAAGAUGAGGCUGAUUGGUCUACCUUCAAUUGGUUAAAGACGGGAUUUGUACACCCACCGACAGAUUAUUACCUAAGACCGUACAUAGUAGCAACUGAAAAAUUGCUAAAAACUCGAAGAAGAUUUGUAAAUUACUAUUGUACCGGUCCCGAAUUAGCGACAGAGAGAAUUCUAAAUUCCGCCGUAGAUUUUGCAGUAAAAUUUCAAAAUACACCAUAUUUUGGUUUUUUUUGGACAAAUGCCGUCACUCAUAAUUCACUAAGUAGCCUAUCGAUACUGGAUCCGGGAAUACUUUCAAGAUUACAGCACCUCGAACGUGAAGGUGUGAUGAACGAUUCAAUGAUAAUUUUCCUAAGCGAUCAUGGAAUAAGAUUUGGUGAAUUUAGAAAAACUUUUAUGGGCUGGUACGAGGAAAGACUUCCCUUCUUUUACAUUUGGCUACCGAAAUGGUUCCGUGACGAGAAUCCUGAAGCUUAUCGAUCAUUGACAGCAAAUCAAAAUCGUCUAACAUCUCCCUUUGAUCUCUAUGAAACUCUACGUGAUAUUUUAAUGAGAGCUGAUGGUGAUGCUGCAUCGAGUACCGGUUGCUCCAAAUGUCAAUCACUUUUCAAGACUGUGCCCGAUGAGCGUGGAUGUGAAGACGCUGGAAUCUCUUCCCAUUGGUGUGUUUGUUCAGUGUUUGAGAAGAACAGUUCUCCCUCCAGUGAAAUUGUUACUCAAGGUGCUAAAAAAAUUGUUGAACAUAUUGAAAAUAUUGUCGAGAAUUACAAAAAUAAUUUAGGGGAGCGUUUGUGUUCGAAAUUGAAUUUAGAUAAAAUUAUUCGAUUUUAUAAAGUUUUAAGCACGGAUAAUAAAAAUUCAAGUGCGGAAUAUUAUUAUAUGGUUCAAUUAGCACCCGGUGGGGCGAAAUUUGAGGCGACCGUACAUUAUUACGGUUCUGGUAAUUACAGUAUUAAUGCCGAGGAAAUUAAUAGAAUAGACUCUUAUAAAGAGAGUGCAAAAUGUCUCCAUCAUGGUGAAAAGAGGUUCUGUCAAUGUAUUUAGUGAUUUGUGUGAAUAUUUGAAAUUGUAAAUGUGAUAAAAUAGAUUAUAAAUUUUUUUUUUAAUUAAAUUAUAAAUUAGAUUUUUAAUUAAAUUAUAAAUU